AUGGAUGCGCCUCGAGCCCCGGUGAUGAAACGGACGAAGGUUUCCAUUGUAUGUGAGAAGCGCAGCCGGGAUUACAUGCCCGAAGGUUCCAUCUACUUCAGCAACGAGGAUGCAAAAGGCAUCAUUCAACCUCACAAUGACGCUUUGGUAAUUUCUAUUCUUAUUGUUAAACCACAAGUCAAGCGUAUUUUGGUUGACUCAGGUAGCUCAGCCAAUAUCAUCCAGUGGAGAGUGGUCGAACAACUGAGACUACUCGAUCAGAUCGUACCUGUGGCUCGAGUACUCAGUGGGUUUAAUAUGGCGAGUGAAACCAUGAAGGGGGAGAUGUCUUUGCCGGUCAAUAUUGAUGGCACCAUUCAGCAGACGGUGUUCUAUGUCAUCGAAGGAGACAUGAAGUAUAAUGCUUUGCUCG